CUCCCUUUCAAAUUCAAGUUCAAGUUUCAUCUCUCAAGUGACCUACAAAUGACCGGACGUGUUAAGCUUGGAAUAUGGGGUGGAAAUGGGGGAAAUUUUCAUGAUAUUGAUGGUCAUCCUACACGCCUGGCGAAGAUUGUAAUUCGUAGCGGUGAUGUGAUCGAUUCACUCGCGUACGAGUAUGUCCAAGACGGAAAGAUAAUUUCGGUUGGCCCAUGGGGCGGUUCCGGGGGAAAAUCUACCACGAUCGAUUUUCAAUCUGGCGAGUUCCUGACCGCAAUAAAUGGCACCACCAGUUCAUUCGGGAACAUCAGGAAUUUGCUGAGGUCGAUCACUUUCAUCACCAACGUUCGCAAGCUCGGGCCAUUUGGAGUCGAGCACGGAACUCCCUUCUCCAUUCCUAUUGCGCACGGUCGGGUUGUUGGCUUCUACGGACGCUCUGGCUCGUAUGUCGAUGCGAUCGGGAUUUAUCUGAUGCCCAACUGAUGUUCCAUUCUUAUGCUCAUCAUCUUAUCCGAGGACU